AUGGAUUCGGGACUGCCACCAGGAUGGAUAUCUCAAUAUGAUCCAAAUACUCAGAAAUAUUUUUACGUCAAUCAAGCUACUGGUGUCUCGCAAUGGAAUCAUCCGGGGCCAGUUGGACCACCACCUGGACCACCACCUUCUGGACCACUGGCAUCUCAAUAUUCUCAGCCGCAAUAUGGUGCUCCUCAAUCAGGGAAUUAUUCACAAAGCACAUAUGGACAACCGCCAAGUGGGUAUGGACAACAACCACCACCACCAACAAGUUAUACAUCACCACCAACUAGUGGUUAUGGACAACCUCCACCAAGUGGCGGAUAUGGACAACCUCCACCAAGUAGCGGAUAUGGACAACCUCCACCAAGUGGUGGAUAUGGACAACCUCCACCAAGUGGCGGAUAUGGACAACCUCCACCAACAGGCUACAGUUCUUACGGACAACCGCCCUCAGGUCAGUAUCCACCCCAAGGUCAAUAUCCGCCCCAAGGUCAAUAUCCACCUCAAGGAGGUCAAUAUCCACCCCAAGGUCAAAAUGCACCACCCACAGCAACUAGUAAACAAUCUACUUCAAACCAGCCUACAAAAUCGUCUUUUUCUUCUGGGCUAGCAUUGGCAGGUGCUGCUGGUGUCGGUUUACUUGGGGUCGAAACAUACGAAUCCGAUGGUCUAUUUGGUAAAAAAACGGAAACUGUAUAUGUUGAUGAUUGUGGAAACGAAGAAGUCAUAGAAACGAAAACGGGUUUGUUUGGCACUAAAACUGAAGUAUACAAACGUGACUACGAUGAUGACUAG